AUGUGGAAAACGAGAGCUGUGGUGGUGAUGAUGAUGAUGAUGUUUCAGCCCACGGCGUCAGCAGUCGGCGACAUGCUGCGGGACGAGCGGCUCCCAGUGCGGGGCCACGUGGUGGGCGGCGAGAACGCGGGAGACUCCGAAUUUCCCAGCCAGCUGGCGCUCCAAGUCCGGAGGCCUGGCGAGGAGACGCAGCACCGGCUGGUGUGCGGCGCCUCCAUACUGAACGAGCACUGGGCGCUCACCGCGGCGCACUGCGUGGAGCCGCGUCUCCAUGAGGUGGACUCGCUGUCGGUGGUGUCUGGCACGACGUCGCUGAGCUACGGCGGCACGCGCCAUCAGCUGAGUGGAGUGCUCGUCCACCCGGGAUACGACCCAGUGAACUUCUGGCGCCACGACAUUGCCCUGCUCAAGGUGGUGGAGCCUUUCCGACUGGACGGCUCGAAGGUGGCGCCGGCGCGGCUGCCGCGGCAGGACCAGACCGUGCCUGUGGACGCCGUCGCCACCGUGGUCGGCUGGGGGCUCGUGGAGGAGGGCGGAACAACGCCGUCUGAGCGCCUCCAGAAAGCCGAGCUGCGCGUAACCAGCCGGAGGGACUGCAAGGCAGCCUACGACAAAAUAGACGGCGUAAUCCAUGACACCAACCUGUGCGCCGGAGUCGCGGAUGGCAGCGCCGGACCUUGCAAAGUAACGAUGAGACGAAUCAGAGUUAAGCUAGAGCCAGAGUGGUCGCCUGCACAGGGUGACUCCGGCGGGCCGCUGUUCGUGGGCGGCAAGCUGGUGGGGCUGACGUCGUGGGGCGCCGGCUGCAAGAGCAGGUUCCCGGCCGUCUUCACGCGCGUCGCCUGCUACGUGGACUGGAUACAGCAGCACAUACAGUGA